CAGACAAAAAUAACAAAUCGAUAGAACAAAUCAAACGAGAAAAAGGAAAAUAAGAAAAGCAGGACAUAUAGCCUUAGUAGCUGGUCCUAAACUAAAGAGGUUCGCAGUAAAACGCAACCACGGACUAGUGGCGGAGGGCCCAGGAAGCUGGACUCCGUGUACCGAACCGGGGUAUAACCUCAAAAAGAGAAGAAGAAGAAGAAGAAGAAGAAGUUGUUGUUGUUUCGCACGCAAGUUCAUCAAAUUUCACAUUCCUCCGCAGCAUGGGAUUUCCCCCGCUGGAAUUUCCACCAAUUGCGAUCGCGCAUUAAAACACUUUCGUCGAAGCACAGUUUUUGGUGCAUGCUCUGCCCCAUCAUGUCGAAACCCAACGGCCAGCACACCGAGAUGGAGGGAAAACCGAGCGGGCUGAGCGCGGCCACCACCGUUCCGCCCCUGUCCAACUUUGUCUACAUCUACGACAUUCCACGGAUGGAGAAGAAACGGCUGGCCGCCCUGCUUGAGGUAAACAACAAGUGGUACGAGCUGGGCGAAAAACAGAUGGGCUACAGUACGGUCGAGCUGGAUAGUAUGCAACGAUGCUGUCAACGGAACAAUCGAUCGCCUGCAGAACAACUGCUGGACAAGUGGGGCAAUUACAACCACACCAUCACCGAGCUGUUUGUUGUGCUGUCGCGCGAAAAGCUGUACAACUGUAUGGAGCUGAUCAAGCGUUACGUCGAUCCACGGUACCAUGUGCUGAUCAAAGAGUCGGCGAGCGACGGCCGGAACGCUGUCGCCAAUAUGGCCACCUUCUCCGGUGCGAACAAUAAUGCGAAUGUUCCGAACGGUCACCGUGCCGCGCAUCGAUUAAAAGAUGGUGCAGCGGACCAGAAAGUGAAUGGAGGUGGUGGUGGUGGUGAUGGUGCUGGUGCUGCGGCUGCUACAAACAAUAAAAGCAAUCCGACCAAUUCGAAGGAAAACUCACCCUUCGCAAACGAGCUUGCCGAUCUGACCAGCUUGAUACCGAAGAUCAGCUACGAGGAGCUGACGGCCGCUACGGACAACUGGAGCGAGCGGAACAUUCUCGGCAAGGGCGGCUUCGGGACGGUGUACCGGGGCAACUUUAAGCACACCUUCAUGGCCAUCAAAAAGAUCGACUACAACAAGGUAAAAUCGAGCGAGGCGGAGCGUAUACAGCUGCAGCAAAGCUUCAACGAGCUGCGGUUCCUGAACUCGUGUCGCCAUGACAACAUCGUGCCGCUGUUUGGAUACUGCAUAGAGAAGGAACCCUGCUUGGUGUACCAGUUCAUGCCGGGAGGAUCGCUGGACAAAAGCUUGUUUGCGCGCCGGCCUGCCUCUCCGCUGACUUGGCGGGAGCGCAUGAACAUUGCAAUUGGAACGGCAAGAGGGCUCCAGUAUCUGCACACGUUCGGCGACAAACCGUUCAUACACGGUGACAUCAAACCGGGCAACAUACUGCUGAACGAGUACAAGCAGCCGCGCAUCGGUGACUUUGGGCUGACGCGCCAGGGUGCGGUACAGGAUUCGGCCACGGUUGUGUCCCGCGUCUACGGCACCCGGCCGUACAUUCCGAAGGAGUUUUACGAUCGGCGCGAGCUCAGCACCAAGGUGGACACGUACAGCUUCGGCGUGGUGCUGUACGAGAUCGGCACCGGGCUGCGGGCGUGGGACGAGCGCCGGACGGAGAAACAUCUGAAGGACUACAUUGCCCGGGCCGUGCAGGAGCAGAUGCAUGUGACGCAGCUGGCCGACCAAUCGCUGCCGAUGGAUGCGGAAGCACUGAUGUGCUGCUUCAAGCUGCUGCAGGUCGGGCGUGUGUGUACCGCCGACGAUCCGAAACAGCGGCCCGAUAUGGUCGGCGUCAUGUGGCAGCUCAGUGCUGCGUAAGGGAGGGAUGGUAAGUAAAAGUGACUCGUUCUAAGCUGGGUGAGCACCGUCUUAAGAAUGACAUCAUUCCGGUAGCUUCACGGUAAUGUUAGUAGUAUGUGCCUUAAAUGUAUUUUAACUCCAAGCUUCCACGUACUACGUGUAGUUUUAAUAUUUUUUUUUUGUAAAAUAAAUUUUCGGAUAGAUUGUAUGCGGGAUGGUUUUUGUACAAUACAAAUUUUAGUUGUUUUUAAAUAGUUUUUUGUUUUGUUUUCAUUUAUUUUCUGUUAUUGUUUCCAAUAGUUUUAUCAUCAGCGAUAAUCAUAGUUACCAUACUCGAUAGUUGUUGUUACACUACAGUGUUCUGUUAUGUCCCUAUUUUCGUACUGUUUCUUGUUUUUUUUUCUUCUUUUUGUUGCUUUCUCGUUUUCUCCUCCAUUUUCUCUUCCUGUACGUCACGACACAGUCGUUUAUUCAUUUUUACAAAGAUCACGCUCACACCCUUUUACAUGCGUUGUACUGUUACACGCCUUCGGCCAUUCCUGUUUUGCUUAUGCUAGUUAUCUGCUCUUGCCUUCUUUUGUUGUGUGGCUUAUUGUUUGCUCGCCUCACACAAACCCACAAACACAAUUCUUGCGAGACGUUGCGCUUUGCUUAUUUGUACCAUUUUGUUCGCUUGAAUGUGUGUUUGUGUGUACGUUUUCACCUGCUCCAUUUUGUUUGUUUGUCUGUUUGUUUGUUUCUCCUUUUAGUAAAUGUUUCUUUUUUUUUUAUUUACAUACCCGUCUAUCACACACCAACACGCACACACUGGCUACUAAGUGAAACGCUAGACAGUUUAGUAAACAUUUACUUUUCUUUCCCCUUUCUAAUUUGUUCCAUCGCAAAUGCAGCCUUUGUAUUGGCCACCAUUGGCUGAUUGAUUGAUUCGGUUCGGUUGUGUAAAUAGUAUGUGUGUGUGUGUGGGUGAUUUCCCUUGUAGAUAGUGCCAUUAUCUACACCAUGGUAUACUACCAACCACUAGGGUUUCGUUUUUUUUUUUUCUGCUAGUCAUUCAUGAAUGCUGUUCCCGUUUUGUUAUGUUUGAUUUAUACUUUUUAUUGUAAUUUUGUGUGUUUGUUGUUUUUUUUUUGUGUUGUUGUUUUUUUAAAUACUGUACAAUACAUAAUAAACUUAGUGGCUUAUACAAUAGAAAAUAAAACAAAUUAAAACAACUCCCGCCUCUCUUUCUCUCAUUCCCUUUCCGCUCUAUACACACCGUUCACAAUCGCUUUUCCGCGUUUUUUUUUUUGUUUAAAUACACUCUCGCUAUCCUUUUCUACUUAUCAGUCACUUUUUUUUUUGUUUUGUUACUUGUAAUGCCUUUCAUUUUCUUUUUGUUUUCAUAGUUCUUAUUGUUUGUUUUCUUUUGUGUCUAUGUGUGUGUGUGUUUCUAGGUUUAAAAUAGUUGUUUACCUCUUCUGCCCUGCCUUGGCCUACUGUUCUCCAUUUACCAUACAAAUAGGGUAGGGAUGGUAGUGUGAAGUUCUGUCCAACACACACACGCACACACACACGCACGCACGCAAGACACAUUCGUUGUGUAAACGUUUCUAGUUUUCUUUGUAACUGUUUCGUUUCAUGUCUCUGGCCUUCACUCUGCGCCUUCUUUCUGUGGGAAGAGGACAGAUAGUAAAAAUUACCUUCCUCUUCCUAAUCUAUUAAAAAUGAUAAAUACACACACAGACACACGCACACGCACACAUUCCAUUCCAUUGCUCCCUUCUCUGACUGAUUGCGCUGUUCCAUUUCCACUCUCCCUCCUGUUUGCAACACUGUCCCCACCUUACACACCUUACCUCUCCUCUACAAUAUAUGUACAGUACAAAAAUAUAUAUAUAUAAACGUUUUGUUUUCUGUUUGGUUUUACAAAGUGUGUACGUAAAAGUGCCAUUUUCUCGCGUUGGUUGCUUACUCUGUGCAUAAUUACCUUUUCCUGUACGACAAGACACUAUCUUUUUCUCUUUUCUUUUUUUACUAGCUUCGUUUUCCAGUUUUCCUUUUCAGCUUCUUUCUUCAGCUUCGCUCCGCUCCUGUAAACCCUCUAUCCGGGGGUUGGGUUUUUACACCAUUGAUAGCAUACAUUUAGGUAUAGUUUCAUAAACUAUCCUGUUUCGUUUGUUUGUAUGUGUGUAUGUGUGUGUGUGUUUUUUUUUUCCUCUUAUUUUCUGCAUUUUUUACUAUGCACUACCGAUGUCUGUUUGUGACUGAAGAGGUCUAAAUAAUCCUCUUUGUAGUACAUUCAAAUGAUUGUUUUUGUUUGUGUGCCCUUUGCUCUGUCUGUUUCAUGUUUGCACCGAAUGCAAGUGCCCCCCCUUUAACAGCAUGGAACUGUUCCCUUUUGCUUUUUUUUUCUAUCCUCUAAGCUCCUGUGAAGUGUAAUUUGCCUUUUUUUUGCUGACUAUUGCUGACUACUCGUGACUAUACGCUCGUGUAAAAUUGUUUCCCAUGGUUGAAUGCCAGUUUUGGGUUCUUUCUACCACUCGGCCCUUGAUUCUUUCCCGCAUCGAAACCCUCCCUUCUAUUGCACUAUAUUAAACACAAACGCUUCUGCUACAUUACUUUGUGGUUGACAUUAAUUGGUACUGUGGGUAUUCCUUUUGCCUCCGUGCUGUGGCUUGUUCUACUACUUCUGCUGUGAACAUACACUCACAUACGCGACCACACAAAAGCACACAAAAGGAGACACUCACACACACACACGCUCACACAGUAAAAGACACAUCCAUGCACAUCGAAACACGUGAACUAUUCUAACACAACACACAGUGAUCGUAGCAACCGAAGUAGUUGUGGUUGCUGCAGUAAGAGCGAUAGUUGUUAGGUUGCGCUCCCUAGUAUAAUAGUGGUAGUAGUAGUAGUAGUAGGUAGUAGUAUAAGCUGCGAGAUAGUAGCACAAACACACACUAAUCUCCUAAAGCUUCUUCAUCCCAUCCCAACUAAAUUGAUCCAGUUGAAAGGGUUUACGGAAGGGAGAGUGUCUCUUCCCAUUUUUACAAAGUGGAUUUGUGUAUUCUACUACAUCGAUUGUUCCUGGUCACAUUGGCUCUAAAGCUUCGUUGCCGCGACAGCCGCUAUGCGCUAUGUGUACGAAUUAGAGUUUAGCCUUGCCCCUGCACACUUAUCCCGUGUUCUCCGUGUGUGUUGUGUUUGUGUGUGUGAAUUUCUACUUACAAAAUGUUUUGUUUUUUUUUCUUUUUCAAGUUACUUUUUCUACCUGCUGCUACUUCCUCCUCCCCUGUUUCGGCCCAAUUCUGCAAAAGUCUCACAACGGGAUCGAAACGGGACGAGCAAAUGCGCGCGGGUGGACUCACCCAACAACCCCCACCACCAUCAUCACCCUCCCGAAUGCGUGAGUAUCGAGCUUCUGACCGAAUGUGGUGAGAAAGAGGAAGAAAUUGCGAAACCGAUUCGUAUAUAAUUUGCACACGUCUCUUCUGUUUUUUCCUCGUCUUCUGCAUGCUUUGUUCCUCCUUUGCUUGCUUUGUUUCCUCUCUAUGCUUUCACAGCCAUACUACACGCCUCGCACGCACGCACGCACACAUACAUGCGCCAUAUGUAGCUAUUUAAAAAAACACACACACACACAUGUGUGUAUCGUGUGACUAAUUGGUCAUGAUGCAGGACUCUUGUGUUAGCCUGCUGUGUUGAUGAACGGUCGAUGUUCGAUUUUGUUGGUGCCCUUCGUGGAUUACGGCGAUACAAACAAGUAUACGAGAAGAGGAAAAGAGCUACAGCUACUGCUAGACUACGCUAUAUUGUCUCGGGUCUGUGAGUUUUGUGGCUGUAACCAUCCGUUUUCCUUUCUGUUUGCUUUGCUGAAUGGGUUCCUGGCACUCACACGCACACCGUUUAAAAACUGCCACCACUUAAACAAGGAACUGGUAGCUGUUAUUGUGUUUUUGUAUCGGUACUAUAAUUUCCUCCGUUGCCGUUGCAGAACACGGGUUUCCCUUUCCCUAUGCUAUUGUUGGGGUUCGUCGCCUGUACCAUCCGGUUCCGGUUAUCGGCGGGAUGAUGAUUAUUCUGCACGCUCUUGCACGGUGACGCGGAAACGGAUUGAUUGCCCAGUGUUGGCAUCUAUCACAUUCCAGACGCAUAUAGGAUUCCGUUAAGUAGCUUGGUUCUUUUCCGCAUUCCUCACAUUCAGGCACCAGUACAGCAAACUGUAAAUAA